AUGGACUGACUGCAGCACAGCGUGAAAACUUUUUCCUGUGGGGCGGUGAUCCCAACGGAUGAAGUCCGCUUAUUUUCUCAGACUUUUGCGCUGUAAAAAACACAAAAUAUAAGAGCAGUUCGUUUAUAUUUAGCAAACGGAGCUGUAUAGUAAGUCUUAACACAGAAAAAAAACCCUGAAUGUUACAGCGCCCUUUUAAUUUAUUGCACAAACUUUGGUCGGGACAAAAAGUGGAUAAAUGUUUUCCUACGUUUAGUCAUAAAGAGUUGCUGUGAGGGGGGUGACGGCUGUAACACUGGACCCCUGGAGCAGGACAGUAUGACGUCACAGACCAGCAGCCCCAGAUCCUCCAGAGAUUGACCCAGGAUGGAGCUGAAGGUGUGGGUCGAUGGAGUUCAGCGCGUGGUCUGUGGGGUCACAGAGGCCACCACCUGCCAGGAAGUGGUCAUCGCUCUGGCUCAAGCAAUUGGUCGCACAGGACGGUAUACAUUGAUUGAAAAAUGGAGGGACACCGAGCGACAUCUCGUUCCUCACGAGAGUCCGGUGGCCUCUCUGAACACUUGGGGGCAGUAUGCCGGUGACGUGCAGUUUAUCCUAUACCGUACUGGUCCGUCUCUCAAUGAGUACCCCUCAACCGAAGGUCUGAAUCCUCGGGGCCCAGAGCGUGGCUUGCAUCGGCAGAGCCUUCCGUUGAUGGCCAAGCUCCGAGCUCCGGGUGACCGUUCCCUCCGUCGGCGCGAGCCACGGCGCAAAUCUCUGACCUUCAUCGGUGUGCCCCGCAGUCUGAGGGACAUCCUUAGUGGAGGCAGGCUCAGUGACGGUAGUGCCAAACAACGAGAGGUUUUAGUGAGAAGCGCUCACAAUUCACCAUCAAUGUCCCCUCGGUUAUCAGGCCACCGCGUGGAGGAUAUUACCCAACUGGUGAGACUGCAGAGGGAGACACUUUUGGUUCUAGACAGCAGGAUAGAGGCGUACGAGGCAGAGCUUCGAAUGUUGACUGAGAAAAGAGUUGGACUAGAGGACGACGAACUGUAUGUGAAGAUGACAGAGGAAGUUUCAAGGUUGGAAAAGCAGGUGCGAAGGAACAAGGUGGAGAUUGAGGAAGAGGAAUUCUGGGCAACCGAGCUCGAGAUCGAGCGGGAGAGCGAGAGGCAGCUGCAGGAGCACCUCCAGGAGUUGAGCAGUCGGUUGCGCGGCUGUGCGGCGGAUCUGGAACAGCGGCUGAUGUCUCUGCAGGGUGUAGAGGCAGGCAUAGAUGCUCAAAAGCAACAUAAGGAGAUCAGAGAGAGCCAGCAGGCCAGUGAGGGGGAAGUGAAGGCUAGACUUCAGAGAGUGAAAGCAGAACUCAAGGCUCAAGCUCAACACACGGCCCAGCUUGAAAACAGCUCAAGAGCAGUGGAGCGUUCACUGACUGAGUCAUGCAAGAGACUGCAGGAGAGUCAGUAUGAACUGGAGCAGCUUACCAAAGAGUUGAGGCAGGUAAACCUACAGCAGUUCAUACAACAAACAGGCACCAAAGUCACUGUUCUGCCCGUGGAGCCUGGCGAUGAUGACUCCAGCAACACAACUGAUUAUAAAGACUUUGCUGCAUUAACUGGCUCAUUGAAACGACCGGGUUUAUCUCAUCCAGUGGUUGGCAGCAUCCAUGGACUCCAUAGUCCAAUCUCCUCAGGUUUAAAUCCUGAGGGCAUCUAUGUCUAAGGACCACUUGGUAGUAUUUCAAAUUUUUUUUUUU